AAGCUUCGAGUUCGCGACGCCGGGCCCGCCAUGUCGCACACCCGCGCCGAGAACUGUUGCGCUGGCAUCCUGGCGGCAUUCUUUCAGGAUGCCGCGAAGCCGGUGACGGAUAAGGGGCCAAGCUCCUCCGCUGUCCAGGUGGGCGGCAGCAGCAACAUCCGAGAUCAUUACACUACUGAAAACAAAGCGUUGGGCGCUGGCUCCUAUGGAACGGUAUGCAAGUGCAAGCACAAGAAAACGGGCAGUGUGCGUGCUUUGAAGACGAUCUGCAAGACCGCCGGUGGAUCCAGCUCCAAGGUGUUGGAGCGCUUCUACUGCGAGAUCGCCAUCAUGAAGCGCAUGGACCAUCCUGGAAUCAUCAAGCUGUACGAGACCUUUGAGGACAAGCGAAACUUGUACCUGAUAAUGGAGAUGUGCUCAGGCGGCGAGCUCUUCGACCGUAUUGUCGAAGCUGGGCACUUUACGGAGACCCAGGCGGCCAUUGUCAUGAAGCAGAUGAUCAGUGCCAUCUACUACCUGCACACGAACAUGAUUUGCCACAGGGACUUGAAGCCAGAGAACUUCUUGUUCCACACGAAGGAGCCCAUUGAGAACAAUCUGUUGAAGCUGAUCGACUUCGGCCUAGCAACGCCCUUCAAGACCGGCCAAGCGCUGAAGACGAAGAGUGGCACGCCCUACUAUGUGGCUCCUCAGGUGCUUGCUGGGCACUACAACGAGCUUUGCGACAUUUGGAGUUGCGGCGUCAUCAUGUAUGUGCUGCUUUGCGGCUAUCCGCCCUUCCUGGCGGACGCAGAUCCGCAGGUUUUGGCGCUGGUGAGGAGGGGGCACUUCACCUUCCCGGCUGAAGACUGGUCGCAGGUCUCCGAUGAUGCCAAGCAGCUGAUCAGAAAGCUGCUGGCGAUGAAGCCGCAGGACCGCUUCACUGCAGAGCAGGCGCUGAGCCACAUUUGGAUCAAAGAGAAGGCGCCGCGAUCAAGCAAGGAGCCGCUGAAUACCACCUCCGUCAGCAACCUCAAAAACUUCCGGGCCACAAACCGGUUCAAGAAGAUGGCGCUGCAAGUCAUUGCGACGCAGCUCAGUGAAGACAAGAUCGAGACACUCCGAAAACAGUUUAUUGCUCUCGAUGAGAACGGGGAUGGCCGACUGAGCAUCAAGGAGAUUAGUGACGGCCUGAAGGCGACUGGAAUGAAAGACGCGGAUUUGAAGCAAAUCUUGGCUGGCGUUGACUUUGACGGGAGUGGCUCUAUUGAGUACAAGGAGUUCCUGGCCGCCACACUGGACAAAAGGCACUACCUGCAAGAGGAUGCGCUGUGGUCCGCCUUCUGCGUCUUUGACAAGAAUGGCGAUGGCAAGAUUUGCAUGGAAGAGCUGAGAAGUGUGUUGGAAGAUGACAGCGUCGGGCAGCUCAUGCAAGGCCAGUCUGUAGAGGAAAUCAUGAAGGAGAUCGAUGAGGAUGGAUCUGGCGAAAUUGAGUUUGAAGAGUUUGUGCAGAUGAUGCGGAAGUCCUGAUGGGCCCCGGUGAUUUUUGCAAGUAUUUUCCGCACGGGCUGUCCGUGACUAGGAGCUAACAGGCUCCCGGUGAGCUCGCCUGGGGGCCGUCAAGGGGCCGCGCGGAGCGAGCUUCCGCGAGUCCGGUUGCCCAGGCUGAGGUCCGAUGCCUCGCUAUUGACUGCGCAAAGCGCAGGCUUCAGUCUUACCCUGGGAUUGGGCCACCAUAAGUUGAGAGCCUAGAGAGGGCCGCAGAUAUCACUUCGGAUCGCACGGGACUGUAGGAGGUCCUUUUUGGUGCUUUCUUGCCCCCACAGGCUGAG